AUGGUGGGAACACUUAUAUUUACUUGUAUUUUCCUAGGAAUGCCUAAAAGAAAGCUAGACGACCUCUGGACAGCAGCUUACUAUGGCGAUAUAAAGGAAUUUCCUGAUGACAAAGAUGACAACAAGGAGGGAUGGAGAAUUUAUUCCAGAGAAGGAGGAGGGUUAAUUUUAAAGAAUGGCAUUUAUGGUAAAUCCUAUGAAGUUACCAUUGGAGAUCAAUACGAAGUGUCUCUUGGGCAUGAUGAAGGAGAAGUGUGUAGAGGAACAUUACUUUCUGAAUUAAUGCGGGACGUGGUUGAGAAAACUGGUGUUAAAGCAGCAAGACAUAGGAAUGGUGCUACGUUGAUUAAUAAACGCGAUUUAAUGCACUUCGUAGAAGCUUUCCUUCUAAAAGACGAUGAAAUACCAAGAGAGGUUGGGGAAGAAGGUGGAAAAAUUCUUGGCAAGGGAGAAUUUGGAGACGUUGUACUUAGAGAAUUCCGCACUUCUGAAGGCUCAAAUCGAAAAGUAGCAAUAAAACGAGUAAAGCAAACAUCCGAAUUUGCUUUAACUGGAGGAAUGGAACUUGCAGUUAUGGCCACCCUUUCCCAGUGCGAGAAAAACGUACACCUUCUCAGUUUUAUUGGUUGGUACAUGGAUUCAGGGCAUCUCAACAUUGUGUCCGAGUACAUGCCCAACGGAUGCCUCAACGAACGUCUUAGGAGGUUAUUUCUAAAUAAUGAAGAGAAGAAGCACACAGAGCAACUCAACUUGGUCCGAUACGUCUCACAAAUUGCUUCAGGAAUGAAAGUUCUGGAAGAAAACGCACUUCUUCACCGUGAUCUUGCAACUAGGAAUAUUCUCCUAGAUGAAUACGACAAUAUCAAGAUUGGUGAUUUCGGUUUGAGCCGACCAUUUGAAUCCAAAUACAGCUCUGGGGUGAUAGCUGUGAGAUGGAUGGCUCCAGAGGUGUUGGCAAAUGAAAAUACGUUUACCAAUAAGGCAGAUGUUUGGUCUUUUGGUGUCGUGGUGUGGGAGAUUUACAGUUUUGGUGGCUUGCCCUAUAGUGAUGUCAACUGUUCAAAAUUGGGUACUCUCCUUCAAAAUGGCAAACGACUGGAUGCCCCAGUUGGCGUGCCUCAGAGAAUGGCAGCCCUUAUGGAGAAUUGUUGGAAGUUGGAACCUAAAGAAAGACCCUCAUUCAGAGAAAUUGACAACAUUCUCCAAGGAAAGACAACCAGACCAUACCGGACUCCUACACCGCCACCUCUACCACCCAAAUAUCAGCAGUUAAUUAGCAUGGGUACGUUGUUGUCUUAA